GCGAGGCGCCCGGUGCGCGGGGGGAGGAGAGAGGUGAUGUCAUUGCUUUGGAGCUGCUGCAGAAGAGUGCAAAGCCGCUGCUGAUGGCAUUGUUUUUGUGGCAGCGGCUGAAUGACAGACUUUGCUUACAAAGAUACACCCUCGGCCCCUGCGUAGCCUUCUCGGUUCCGGCGUUUCACCAUGCCAGCACAGCGCCAUGAAUCCUGGAUGCAUGCUGCUAUUUGUGUUUGGCUUCGUUGGCGGGGCGGUGGUCAUUAAUUCGGCUAUCUUAGUGUCUCUCUCCGUUUUGCUGCUUGUGCACUUUUCUAUUUCUACUGGUUUGCCCGCUCUGACGCAGAACCUGCCGAGGAUACUCAGAAAGGAGCGUCCGAUAUCACUGGGCAUCUUCCCGUUGCCUCCAGGAGAUGCACUACUUACACCUGAAACUCAGCGAGAAGCAGGGGAAACGCCUGGAUCAGAGCACUGGAAAUUCCACGAGCUAAGCCAGCCACGGUCCCACACUAGCCUAAAGGAUGAGCUCUCUGAUGUUAGCCAAGCAGGCUCAAAAUCUACUACUCCAGCAUCAACGACUGCUUCAGAUGUACCUGCACUGCCUGCUGAAACUCCCCAAAAGGAAGAUGUUGAGGGACUUGCAAAGGGCACAGAUGUGCCGAACGAGAAGCUGGACGUAAGCAAGAACAUUGAAGUACAGGUAGCUCAGGAGACAAGAACUGUGUCCAUUGGUGGAAAUGAAAAUGAAGAAAAAUCUGAAGUUCAAGCAAUUAUCGAGUCAACUCCAGAGUUGGAUAUGGAUAAAGAUCUCAGUGGAUACAAAGGUUCCAGCACUCCCACCAAAGGUAUAGAGAACAAGGCAUUUGACCGUAAUACAGAGUCACUCUUUGAAGAGCUGUCAUCUGCUGGUUCUGGCCUAAUUGGAGACGUGGAUGAAGGUGCAGAUUUACUGGGGGAAUAUUCUGGAAUGGGUCGUGAGGUUGAAAACCUUAUUUUGGAAAACACUCAGCUGUUGGAGACAAAAAAUGCACUGAAUGUAGUGAAGAAUGAUUUGAUAGCAAAGGUGGAUGAAUUGACCUGUGAGAAGGAUGUGCUGCAAGGUGAAUUAGAGGCUGUAAAACAAGCAAAGCAAAAGCUUGAAGAGAAGAAUAAGGAACUGGAAGAAGAGCUUAGAAAAGCUCGUGCGGAAGCAGAGGAAGCAAGGCAGAAAGCUAAAGAGGAUGAUGAUAGUGAUGUCCCUACCGCUCAGCGGAAACGUUUUACUCGAGUUGAAAUGGCCCGUGUCCUAAUGGAAAGGAAUCAGUAUAAAGAGAGGUUGAUGGAGCUUCAGGAAGCUGUACGAUGGACUGAGAUGAUAAGAGCAUCGAGGGAAAACCCAGCCAUGCAAGAAAAGAAGAGAUCAAGCAUUUGGCAGUUUUUUAGCAGGCUCUUCAGUUCAUCUAGUAAUACAGCUAAGAAACCAGAACCUCCAGUCAAUGUUAAAUAUAAUGCUCCAACCUCACACAUUACUCCAUCAGUCAAGAAAAGAAGCAGCACCUUAUCUCAGUUACCUAGUGACAAAUCUAAAGCCUUUGAAUUCCUCAGUGACGAAACUGAAGCCAGUUUAGCCUCACGCAGAGAGCAGAAGAGAGAACAAUAUCGCCAAGUGAAAGCACACGUUCAGAAAGAAGAUGGUAGAGUGCAAGCAUUUGGUUGGAGUCUACCUCAGAAGUACAAACAGGUGGCAAACGGUGGCCAGGGUGACAACAAGAUGAAGAAUUUACCUGUUCCUGUUUACCUGAGACCUUUAGAUGAGAAGGAUACAUCUAUGAAGCUGUGGUGCGCAGUGGGGGUGAACCUUUCAGGAGGGAAAACACGAGAUGGAGGGUCUGUGGUUGGUGCUAGCGUAUUCUACAAUGACAUGACUGGUUUGGAUGCAGAUGGCAACAAGCAGCGAACAGGAUCUCAAAGCAGCUUAGAUAGACUAGACCAAGAACUCAAGGACCAGCAGAAAGAGCUGAAACAUCAGGAAGAAUUAUCCAGUCUAGUUUGGAUCUGUACUAGCACACAUUCUGCUACAAAAGUUAUUAUUAUUGAUGCUAACCAACCAGGAAAUAUUUUGGACAGUUUCAUUGUUUGCAAUUCUCACGUGCUUUGUAUUGCUAGUGUACCAGGGGCUAGGGAAACAGACUAUCCUGCAGGAGAAGAAGGAUCACAAGAAGCAGAUCCCAGUCAAGUGGACAAGUCAUCUUUAUGUGGAAGCAUGACGAGCAACAGUUCUGCAGAAACUGAUAGCCUGUUAGGAGGAAUAACCGUGGUUGGCUGUACUGCAGAGGGUGUUACAGGAGCACCGGUGCAAAUGGUGCAUGAUGCAAAUGGUGGCUCACCUGUGGGAGAUAAACAGUCAGAUAUUGCAACUGAAAGUAAUUCAGUAGAGGAAAACAUUCCAACAGCAGAGGAGGCAACAGAGGCAACAGAGGUCAAUGCAGGGGCAGGAGAAGACACAGCUGAUACUGCACAAACUGGAGUCUACACAGAGCAUGUCUUCACAGAUCCACUGGGAGUGCAAAAUACAGCAGAGAGUUCUCCAGUGUACCAGCCUAGUGAGUCAGAGUUGUAUAAAGAUAUUGCGGUUUUGCCAAAUGAGCAAGAUCUAGUGAGAGAAGAAGCACAGAAAAUGAGUAGCCUUUUACCAACGAUGUGGCUUGGAGCACAGAAUGGAUGCUUGUAUGUUCAUUCGUCAGUGGCCCAGUGGAGGAAAUGUGUUCAUGCCAUUAAACUUAAAGAUUCUAUUCUCAGUAUUGUACAUGUGAAAGGAAUAGUAUUAGUUGCACUAGCUGAUGGAACACUAGCAAUAUUUCACAGAGGAGUUGAUGGUCAGUGGGAUUUGACAAACUAUCACCUCUUAGACCUGGGCCGGCCGCAUCAUUCGAUAAGAUGCAUGACAGUGGUACAUGACAAAGUCUGGUGUGGCUACAGGAACAAAAUCUAUGUUGUUCAGCCAAAGGCCAUGAAAAUAGAGAAGUCAUUUGAUGCACACCCAAGAAGAGAAAGCCAAGUGAGGCAGCUGGCAUGGGUGGGUGAUGGGGUAUGGGUGUCUAUUCGUUUGGACUCUACCCUGCGUCUCUAUCAUGCACACACGUAUCAGCAUCUACAAGAUGUGGACAUUGAACCUUAUGUAAGCAAAAUGCUAGGUACUGGUAAACUGGGAUUCUCAUUUGUGAGAAUCACAGCUCUUAUGGUGUCUUGUAAUCGUUUAUGGGUAGGAACAGGAAAUGGUGUCAUCAUCUCCAUUCCAUUAACAGAAACUGUAAUCCUCCACCAGGGACGUUUACUGGGGCUGAGGGCUAAUAAGGCAGCAGCAGGUUCCGGAAACCGUCCAGGGAGUGUAAUACGUGUAUAUGGAGAUGAAAACAGUGACAAAGUGACUCCUGGAACGUUCAUACCAUAUUGUUCAAUGGCACAUGCACAGCUUUGCUUCCAUGGGCACCGUGAUGCUGUUAAAUUCUUUGUCGCAGUACCUGGACAGGUGGUUUGCCCACAGAGUAGUGGUGGAUCGGAGCUAGCAGGUGAUAAACCAGCCCAAGAGUCCUUAAACCAGAGUCCCUUAAAAUCAAUGUUGGUGAUAAGUGGUGGAGAGGGAUAUAUUGACUUCAGAAUGGGCGAUGAAGGUGGAGAAUCUGAACUCCUUGGAGAAGCUCUACAGCUUGAACCUUCUGUAGCCAAAGCUGAGAGGAGUCACUUGAUAGUGUGGCAAGUAAUGUAUGGCAGUGAGUGAGCCUGUAGGAUGCAGCUGGAGACCUUAAAGAGGAGAGGAGGAAGGAAAAAAAAAAAAGCUUCUGCAUGUUUUUUUAUUUUGUGAAACCUGUUUCACUACAUGAUGUUGAAGCAUUUCUUUGCUGUUUAACUUUAUACUGCAAAUCUGUCAUACCUUAACUAUACAGGAAUUAGCUUGUGCUGUUUUACUGCACCCGUGUUACAUGGAACAGUAUAAUGAAACCAGAACUUACUUUCUCAAAACUGGUGUGUACACCAUAGUAAGCAAUCCAGACUUAGUUUUACUGUACCACAACAAUCUUGACCUAGUUCACUUUUUUGAUAGUCUUACUUGAGUUCAGCUUUAUUACAAUUGAGCUUCAUUUAUCUGUAUAAUGCAUUGAGUAAAACAGCAAAGUUAUUCCCAGAGUAUUUUAAAAUUGACAAAUUAGUAUCAGAUGAAUUGUCAAGAUUCAUCCAUAUGUUCAGUGAGGGCUAAAGCAAACUGUAAACUUCAGCUUUUGUUUUCAAACCUGAAAAAUCUUGCUUAUAUAGUGUAUACAGUUUCAUUUGUCACUUUCAUCAAAACUUCUGGGGGAAAGAGGGGAUUGUAUAGAAAUUCAGAUGACAAUAUUUAAAUAAAAUUUCAUGUUUUGACUGCUAAACCUUAAAGCUUGAGAACUGCUGCCCUCAAUAAUGAGCAAUUUUGAGCACAGUGUUUUCCUGACAUGGAUACAUGUGAACAGCUCAGUUUUCAAAGGGUAUUCUUAAGAUGAUUUAAAUUUGAAAAUAAUUGUAAAAUUUUUGAACAGGGGAUAUAUUUUGUUCUCUUCUUGUCUUAAAUCCAUAUGUCCUAAGCACUAGAAUGAUCUUCUCUGCCUAGCUGGUCAAACUCAUGAGGCACUACAGGUGUGAAGGUUAGAGACCUCAAUUAGAGCAUGAGAAAAGACUGAGAGUGUACAGGAAAAAAUGCAUUCUGCCUAAAUGAGAUUGUAAAGGAACUUUAGUGCCAGAUAAUUAGGUAUAGCUAUAUUAAAUCGUUUUGUUGCAUACACUCCAUUUAGUCAAAAAAAAAAAAAAUCAUGUUUAGAGACCAUGUUACCAGAUAACACUGAGAGUGGUUAAAUUGAUGAAAGUCAGGAGACUCUAAUAUCAGGCUGACAUUCUGUCUACUCACCAUCUAUUUUUUUAACCAUAAGCGUGAGUUGAAGACUGUCUUCCUUUUACAUUGAAUUUCCUACAUUAGUAUCAGAGCUAAGUUAAACACUUCAUGGCUUCUGUUCUUCAAAAUAUUUUAACACCCAGAUUUGUUCUUCCAUUAUAGUCUCUGGAAAGUGAAAGUUUGAGGGGUUCUAAUAAACAUCGAGUAUAUACCCCCAAAAGACUGGGACUGUUCUGUUCAGAUUAGCAGAGAAAUUAGUAAUUUGAUCAUGUGAGAAAACUGAACAGUUUCAGAAAAUUAAAUAUAUUAACACUUUUUUUAAAACUGCCUAAACAUUUUUAUGCAAUAGGAGCAGUUCUGGUCUAUCAGGCAAACAUGUGUUUAUAUAUUUUCUUAAUUUUUUAAAUGAACACAUUUAGCUGAGGUCUAUUGUGUAAAUAUAUAUUUAGGCAGCUUUUUCAAAUGCAUAUCAUAGCUGAUAAACCAGAAAACCUCCAUUCAGGUCUAUUGGUUAGAUUUAUAUGUAUAAAUACUUUUUAAGCAACAUAUUUUGUACACAGCUGUUCCUCUCGUAAAUAUGUAUUUAGGACAUGAACUAUGUAGUAAAAUCCUUAUUAAAGAUAUGUAAUAUCUUGGUAGUAUUUUUCUCUUCAGAAUGCCAAAAGUGAUAAGAGCAUGUUGUUCAUAAUUGCUUUCCAAAUUCAUCUUUAAGGUCACUCUUAAAGUACUUUGGUUUAAAUAUAAAGUCUGGGAACUUUUAAAAAAUUAUACAAGUGCAGAAGGUAAACUGACUUAAUGCUUAUAUAAAGACCUAUUUAAAAUUUAUAUUGACGUGUAUGCUGAACUUGAAGCACAUCUGAAUUAACAUAGGAAAUUGGAUAUCUCUGAAAAAUGCUGUCUUAACUGUUGCACAGAAUCUUCACUGAGGGGUGCAGUUUCAUUGCUUUUUCUACCAUCUUAAAUUUAAUGGCUCUAUGGAAAACACAGUCUCCAAAGCCUUUACUCACUGGUUGAUUGUCACAGUCUCAUGUUCUCAGAGGAAAAAAAAAAAAAAA